AUGUCAGAAUCGUCGACCACGAUCCGACUUGCGUCUCACCUGCCUCAGGAACUGUCCGGUGACCGCCAAACUACCGCCCUCCAAUUACUAGAGAGGUCUUGCGGAGAGGAGCAAGUCAGCGGCUGCCAAGGCGUCGUACAGACCUCCUUCUUGUCGUUCAAUGCCGACAUCAUCGCCUCUGCGAACGGGUUCUAUGAGUCCAUCUAUCAUGCGUACAGCAAUAACCAUAAUCUGGUUUUGCGGCCAGAUGACGUUUGGUUCGCCAUACUUGCUCAGCUGGGCUUCUACCUGCACGCCAGAAACCCAAACGGCGGCAAAAAUGUGGGAAGCAUCGACUUCCAGAGUAGCUCGACCAAUCUGACUGCUCGUAUGCUCUUUCAAAGCAAGCGAAAUGCCGUCGAUGUGGUGAAUGAAGACUGGAUCGUGCCAGAGUUCACUACCACAAUUGAGUCUGAUCGCAUCGUUGCCAGUGUGCUCAUGCUAGGCGCUCUGCACGAGGAUGUCACCCACAGGGCUGUGCGUUUGACCCCCGAGCACCCUGAAGGUUUCGGGAUACCUUCAGUGACGCUCUUGGGGGAGAAGCGAGACUGGGAAAGGAUCCAACAACGUAUCACAAAGCUCCGAGAUUUUGGAGAAGAGCCAAAGGAAUUUGAAAUGUUCCUGGGACCCAUCAUUCGCUACAUCGUCAAGUCCUUCGAUGACCACGACUCCACCGAGGUGAAGGAUUUCUGGGACAACACCAUCAAGCAGGUGGGGAGAUAUCAAAACGCCUUGCUCUCGGGAUGGAUCACGGCAUUCUUCUUUUGGGAUAAGAAGGGCAAAAGGAUGUUCAAAAGUCCCGAGGGGAAAUACCUUCUCGAUGGAGUCGAGUACCUCUGCAUUGGCACGUCAUCAUUUACUUCUGCACACACGAGAAUGAAAGUGAAGGUGCGUGAUCAAGGAGAAGAAUUUCGGGCGCGUGUGAUCGCAGGCUCGGUCGGAAUGAAGAUCAGCAGUAGCAAUGAGUUGAAGGAGGACUCGGACACACUCCAGCCUGAGUCUGGAUGGUGGAUGAUCAAGGUCGGCGACGACGGCGAGGCAUGA